UGCGCCUUUACUUGAGUCUCCAGUCUCCGCCACGUCUGUUGUAUUCACCACGACCGACGCCCGCUCAGCCUUCUCCGUAGUCUCCGCUCCUCCUUCCACAUCAACUUGCGAAGGUGUCGCAGCUCUCCCGCAAUUCCUUCCAAAGCACUCGUCCGCACUCGCCUGUAACCCGCCAUUACCUUACCAAGGAUGAGACACUUCUCAAGGACACAUCUAAGAAAGAGGAUUUCGUGCGACGACUGAGGAGAGAGCAGGGCUGCUGUGAUCGUCCAUCAUGCCGUCAGCGCGCCCUCGCGCGGCCUUUGAGCCGAUUUCGCCCGAUUUCGAUCUGAAAGCGCUUGUCGAAUCGACGCCGAACUUCGAAUGGGUGGUGCGCAUACACUGCGACAUGAUAGAUCAUCAAGGCUUGGAGAAUUUUGAGAAGUUGGUCUUGAUUCAUGUCAUUCUCGGUGGGAAGCCGCUCGUGAUUGAAGGCUACGAAUCCCGUCUGGAUCGCUGGACUUUUGCGCUUCAAUGGUUGCGGGACAAUUGUGGGACAAAAGUCGAACAUGCGCGAGAUCUUACGAAGAAGACCAACGUACCUCUGUCCAUCGCUCACUACUUGAACAAUAUGGCCCUCCUCACAAAUCAGUGGACGCCCCAGAACUACAAAGAUCCUAAUCGUCAGAGAAUGUACUUGAAAGACAUUGAUUGUCCGCAAUUAUGGCACGACAAACUUUCGGAAAUUAUCCCCCCGGCCCUGUUCUAUCUCAAUGAGUCUACGGGAGAUAUUGGCGGGUUUGGUGCCGUAGAAGAAAACGAUCCGAUCCGGCCGGGCAUGAGGAAGGGUAGGGGAAUCGCCAAAGCGGGUGACUUGAUGAGCAGUUUACCAAAGGAGAUGCGCGCCGAGAACUUGAUGUGCUAUAUCGGCCAUGAGGGAACGUAUACCCCUGCACAUCGUGAAAUGUGUGCCAGCCUGGGUCAGAACAUCAUGGUGGAAGCCUCCACUGGAAAAGUGGAGGACGGAAAACCAACGAAGCCCGGGUCCUCGAUUUGGUUCAUGACAGAAAGCAAAGAAAGGGAAGUCGUUUCCGAAUACUGGCUCUCUCGGCUGGGCCAUGACAUCGAACUCGAGAACCAUUUCGCCCAGAUCAAUGCGUGGAAGAACGCGCCAUUCAAGACAUAUGUCGUUGAACAAAAGCCUGGUGAUUUCAUCCUCAUCCCGCCGCUCGCCCCACAUCAGGUCUGGAAUCGAGGCACUAGAACGAUGAAGGUGGCCUGGAACCGGACCACUGUGGAAACACUCGAGUUGGCGUUACAUGAAGCACUACCUCGGGCAAGAUUGGUUUGUCGCGACGAACAGUACAAGAACAAAGCCAUCGUCUACUACACGAUGCAGAAAUACUCCAAACUUCUCAAGUUGGCCGAGAAGUUCAGACAGAGAGCCGCAAGAUCGGAGCGCAAGCCGCAGAGUGACACGAAAGUUCGCCAAUUGGAAAAGGAUUUCCGGAGAUUGCACCAUCUGUUCACGGAGAUCUUGGUUUCUGAAAGCUUCCUGCCUGAUCGUCCGGAGAAGGAUGUGGAGAAGUUGACUUAUGACAGCAACAUUACCUGUUCGUAUUGUCGAUGCAACAUCUUUAACAGGUUUCUCACUUGCCCAAACUGCGUGGAGACCUUGCCCAAUGGUGAGGAAGAUACCUACGAUGUCUGUUUGGAAUGUUAUGCCAUGGGCCGAAGCUGCGCAUGCAUCUCCCACUUGAGAUGGGUUGAACAAUGGUCAUGGAGCGAUCUGGUCCAGAAGCAUGAACAAUGGCGCCAUCAGAUCCUCCAGUACGAGGGCAAAGUGACUGAGCGGUCACCUGUGUCACUCAAAACAGAGCUCAACCGACUGGGUAAGCGGCGAACACUUGCACAAAUUUGUCAGCUGGAGCUGACACGUCGGCCGUUCCACGAUAUUCAUAAUCCUCAGCCGCCUGUUCAAGAAGAAAAACGCUAUGAAACUUUUGUCGAUGCAAAGGGACAGACACGCAAACGGGUAACGAGAUCCGAGAAGUUUGAACGGGAGCAUGCGCGAUGCCACAUCGAUUUCCAUUUCGAACCCAAAUGGAAACAGGCCACAUGCACCAACUGCGGCAAGAAUUACUGCUAUGGCACUCUGUUCCGGGCAUAUGACAUGAUGCCACAAGAUAUCCUGGCCGACCCGGAGUGGCAAUGCCCAAGCUGUCGGAACAUCUGUGGGUGUCGGCCUUGCCGCUCGAGGCUAGGUGACGCGUACAAGCCAUACACCCCAUCCUCGACUUUCGUCGGUCACAAUACCAAGGCAGUGGCUGAUCCUCGAUCCGUGGAGAGCUUGGUCGACUUCAGUUAUUCUAAUCUGGGAUGGAUCCAAAAGGCUGGCGAUGAUAAUGGGGCCGAUACUCGCCGCCUGAACCAACGCAGGAAGGAGGCCGCUGCUGCAAAAGACAGUAAUCUCGAAUUGGGCGAUGAUUAUGUCGAUGGCGAAACGGAGAGAGACGACGGAAUAGAAGAUGGUAUUCUUCGCUUGGCUGAACACGAGGGCAUCCCCAUUGACCCAGCCUUGGGCGACAUGUCGCUCAUGACUAACGGUUCCGCCGCUGAUGAGGAUGAUGAUGAUGAAUUUGACGAAAACCCAGAAGGAGCAAAGAUACCAGAGGACCUGGUCAUGGUAAAUACUCUGGAGCCGCAGUUUGUGGUGCCAGCGGGUGGUGUCCUUCGAGACCAGGCCCACGCAUACGACCCGACCGAAGCCAUUACAUACGAUUAUCCCGAUCCCGAGAGCGACCGGGCUAUCGUCCCUGCCGUCGAAGAAGAGGCUCCUCUGCCGUCGGGUUACGCUCCUGCUGUUCAAGGUGAUGCAGGAGAGAUAGAAAUGGUGGAAAGAAAGCGAAAGCGCACCAAAGUCGAUGAAGGAGAUCGUCCUUACGGGUACAAGAAAGCAAAACCCAAGAAGCAACAAAAGUCGCUUAUUGUCAAAUUACCCGUCAAUCCAGAGAAACUUGCAGAGAUGGAGAAGAUGGCCAGUAUAGCGCGGCAGGCUCUGAAUGGAGUGGAUGCGCCGGCGCCGGUCAUCGGCUCUGACCUUCAAGCUCUCAACAUGGCCGAAGGAAAUCCUCAGGGGGCGCCUAAGAGAAGCCGUACCGUUGAGGAGGAUGUUGUGGACCAGGAUGAAGAUGACGACUUUACCCCAGGACGUUAUCGUGACCGCCGCAGACUAGGAGCGGACGGUGCUCCGCGACCGCCUCCCGAUGCCGAAAUUACCAGACGACAAACUCGGUUGCAAAAUGUGCAUUACGAAGAACCUUCGGAAGAGGAGUUUGAUGAAGUUGUUGAACCUGAGCAACCAGCGCAGAAGAAGCAAGUUGAGAAGCAGCAGGUUGUUCGUUUGGUUGAUGUGGAAAUGGACACUGAUGACGCAGAGGGCGAGUCGGACUUUAUCAACGAAACAGAGAACAAUGUUUCAGCAUCUAGUCCACCCGUCGAGAUUGGCCCGGAUCCAGCACUGGAAAUAACACAGGCAGCACCUACCGCCAGUUUGACUGUUACACAGAAGCCUGCCCCUACGACACGAGAUUCCGCAAGCGAGAAGGGCCCGAAAAGGCCUGCAUCACCCUCCUCGGAAUCUCCACCCCCGCGGAAGACUCAGCCUGCGAAACCUCCCCAAGUUACUACCUCAGAUCCGAAGUCGCUUUCUGAGGCUCAGGCGAACCGCAAGGCAAAAAUGGCAGCCAUCGAAUGGAUGGAAAAUGGCAGUGAUGAUCUGGACGAUGCAUGGUCUCAGGACUCAUUCUUAGAUGAUGACGGUGCACCUGCUCGGCAAUCUUCUUCUCCUCCGCCAGCUCCCAAGGCAGCCCCAGCAUCAACAUCUGCUUCGAAGCCUGUCAUUUCGGUCACCAUUCAGAAGCAGCACAACGGUCCUCAGUCAACUCCCGAUUCGACCCGAGUAACCCCGAAGGUACCGCUACCGGUCAAGGUGUCGGCCGAUGCUUGGGUCGAUAGCGAUUCAGACGACGAACCGCCGCCAAGAAGGGCACCGGCACCGGCUCCGCAUCAGAGUAACGGUCACGGCCAGAGCUGGGCGGCUGUCAAUGGCGGAAGUGCUAGUGUCGGCCGUGGUGCUGGACGAGGUAGAGGCAAGGGUAUGGGGUAGGGGUAGGGGUAGGGGGCCUGGCAGACCGCCGAAGUACGCUUACUGGGGUGGCAUUUGAUGUUGGCAUUCAGUCCUGGGUUGAACAGUGGUAACACUAUUCAUUUGCUGUUGUGCAUGGGCGCUGGACUAUGAAGGUUGUAUGUUUUCACAGUUGAAAGGAAUGAGAAGCUCCAGAGAGCUGCUCAUAGUUGGGACGACUAUACCCACGUCGGCGAGUACUAUUGUGUAAGGAACGUACUGCACUGCGAUCGUCUACAAAGCAUGAGCUUCACCGUUUUGCUGCUCUUCGCCGAAUGAAGAAUCAUAUUUCGGGUUGCGGACCUGUGCCCAUUCCCUUCGAACAAGCAUUUCUCUUCAAACAGGUAUUUUCUGGCAGUACUAGUAGGUAGCUACCGCGCCAACCUGCAGCCUGUUGACAAUACAAGGCUCUGGGUUGCAAGGCUGCAGUGCAUGAUGACAAG